ACAGCCUUUUUUGAAUUUUUACGGGUAGUUACCACUUCCAGGAAGUGGUAAACUGCGAGGAACUGCCCAAGAGACUUUAUGAGUAAAAGUUUUGCAGAUGUACUAAACUUAAAGUAAUAACAUCACGAACAUAAAAACUUGAAUGAUGUUUGUCGUCGUCAAUAGUGCUUUUAAAUACUUCUACAGCGACAGGUUGAACUGUCAGGGAUGAAACGAUCGCAACUCUGUUCUUCUUAGAAACAUUUGAAUGAACUACAUGUUAUAAGUUAAAGAUGAGCCGUAAUUAUAGCGAUAUAGUGUUGUGAUGGCAACGGAGACACCUCACGAUUCAGGGCCAGAGAACAAGCAAGCUGUGAAGGCCUGUCUCCUGUCUUCACGCAAGCUCCUGGUGGAUGCCCUGUAUCACUUGGGCCCUCUGCUAGACUGUGUUAUAUCUGUAGGGCUGCUCUCUAGAGACAACUGUUAUGAGAUUGAGGCUGAACGGACACCAUCCAACAAAGCCCGAAAACUUCUUGAGAUUGUUGACGCUCAGAUGGACGAGAGUGAUGCCUCCCGCUUCGUGGAGUGCCUGAGCAACUGCAAAAAAUAUUACCCACGUCUGAGAUGCUGGUUAUCUGCAAAGGAAGAACUAUUCAAUUCUGCAGAUAUUCAGCAAGGACCAACAGAACGCCAUCUACAGUCCCAGUUUAGUGUUCUGUGUUCACGCUUGGGCUGUUCUGUUCUGCCAGUCUCUUUGUAUCUCUUCUCCAGUGGCAUUCUCACUAAUUUGGAACUGGAGAAAAUUCAGUCAGUUCUCAUCCCAACCCAGCAAGCACAAACCUUGCUGUCCAUCUGCUUGAAGAAGGGAGAGAAAGCAUGCAAGAGCUUUUAUUUAGCCCUCCAGAAUGAGGACCAGCAGUUAGCUGAGGAACUUAAUGUUAAUAGUUUGGUGGAAGACCCUUCAUGUCCAUCCCUUAAUAACGAUCUUGAGGGAAGCAGUGCACAGAUAACAGUGGAGGAAACAAGAGGCCACUUGGGAACAGCUUUACCUCUCUCAGGAGGUCUGCAGCAGGUCAUGGCUCAGCUGGGUUUGAAUUUUGGUGAUGAGAUCAGAUUUAAUGUCUGCGAGUUAGGUGUGGCAGUGGGUUUGCCUCGUCGGACGGUCAGAGAAUACCUUCUAGAAGGGGUCAGCAUAGAGGACUCAGCACAGUUGGAGGCUUUAGUGUCCCUGUAUAUGGAGAAGACGCAGGACGCAGAAAGACUACUGAGCAGAGUGACAGGACUCAGUCCUCAGUGGGUUCAGCUUUCUGAGAGGGGGUGUCUGCUGUUGAGGUUGCUCCAAAAGGCUGAGACUCUGCUCCGUAGUGGAAUCCACAGUCACCUGCACAGCUGGGAUCACCUGCACGAUCAGGACCACUUAUGCAGCUGGGACCACCUACAUCCUGGAGAAUGCACAGACCAGCGCACUGUGUGGACCAUCUUCAGUUUCCUGGUGUGGGAUUGCAUGGCCGAGGUUCUUGAGGAACCAGAGGCAAAGACUAGUGGAGGCAUACUUGGUAUGAUCGAGCAGCUGAGUGCCAGUGGAAGGGUGGAGGCCGCUUUGCUGCAAGAGGUGGAGCAGUGUUGGAGAGAAGGUGAUGCUGAGAGUCUUCUGCAGAGUGUGAGAGUCUUCGCUCAGGUGCUAAGGGACCUACAUCCCCUCCAGGAGGGCCUCCAGCUUUCUUCUUCUGUGGAGGGUCUGUUCUCCUGCCGCCCGAGCAGGCUUCACAGGGUCACCUCCUUCCAGGGUGUUUCUGCUCGGGUCAUCCGUAAAGCUCUGAGCAGCAUGGCUCCAGCCUCCUCAGACCAGGAUGCAACCCUCCUUGCUAGACAAUAUAGGGAGACGUGUGUUCGCAUUGCAUGUUUGCUGGAUGUGGUGCAGCCAAAACGAAGCACCCCAGACUUUUCAAAUGCACCCAUUGCUACGGUCACUCAGCAUGUGCAGUCUGUCUUAUCAAAUCCUGCCUUCAACUCAGAGGCCUUUGACGCAGGUGUUCGGCACCGAUUGCUAUCCAUUUUGGAGUUCAAUCCUGCACAGCUGGACUUGGGAUGUCUCAUGCAGCUGCACCAGGAGACUCUGUCUGAGUUGCAGAGCUACUUGCAGCUUGGCGAGCACCACAACUUCCAGUUCAUUCUUGAAUCAGUGCGGAUACUCGGGCCCGCAAAGCUGUUCUCAGUCAGCAGGGUACAUGGGCCCGUUGCUAUUGACAAUGGAGUGGAGGAGGUCCUUCGUUUUAUUACAUCAGAGCCCACUUCCUUCCUCGUUCGGUUGCAUUGUCUUUGCUAUGAGGAGGAUAGAGGGUGCUAUAAGGUGUGUGCACCACGCUGUGCGUGUAUGUAUCUGCUCAAAGCAGAGGGGCAGCGUGAGAUGCAGUGGUUUGGUGUGAAUGUUUUGGCCGAGGCAGGUGGGAAGGUGUGGAUCAGAGAGGGAGACAAAGAUGGGUGGGAGGAGCUACAGUCAUUGGCUCAGAGAAACUCCACUCAGCUCAGGGACGAAGGCUGCUGCUUCAAAGUUAAGACCUCUGGCUUGGAGUGUGAGGUCAAAUUCAUGUACAGGAGUGGGAGGCUGUGGGCUGUGCCACAUAGAGACUGUGAGGUGGAUUAAAAGUGUGCUGUAUCAAACUGUGAAUUCAAGGAAUGGCAUUAACACAUGCCUUGCUGAGCAUCAACAACCCACCAAAUCAACUUUUCUCAAUGCACGUUUACAUGCACAUUAAAAAAAAAUCAGACAAAGCGAGAAAACCGAGUUUACAUGAGACUUGAAGUCAUCGGGUUAUUCUGUACUAUUGAUGUCAAAAAGGACACAUGCACACACAUUUGAAAAGUCGUUCGAGUUGCGGUAAAGCAGGGUUCCCACUUGUCCUGGAAAACCUGGAAUUUUGCAAUACAGUUUUCCAGUGAUGGAAAAGUAAUGGAAAAUUAAAAAAAAUUCCUGGAAAAUAAUGAUUUGUCCUGGGAAAUAUUUUAGUGAAAGAAUCCCUGUCACAUACAUUCUCUGCUCAUCUGCUGUUGUUUUUUUUUUUCUUUCCAAAAUUGCUGUUGUGAUAACCACAAAAACAUUUAAGUUAUAAGCUUAAACAACUACAGUCAGACCACAGAUUAUUUGGAAAAAUAAUUCACGCCCCAAGUUCGUUGCAUGGUGGUUCGGCCUUAAUACCUUGGAAUACCUUAAUACCAGAGUUUGCUUAUACUAUGGUUGCCACAUGUAGUAUGCAGAAAACACGGACAGAUUCAUGGAAUCUAGUCAAAAAAUGGCAUUAGAUAUAAAAUGCAGAAUGUCAUGGAAUAUGACAUAUUUGGAUGAAAAUGAAUGUUAGAAUGCAGAAGUAAUUUAAUUAAAAUUGCAAUAUGACACAGUGUGAUUUAAUUAAAUAUAUAAUCUGCAAGUGAUGCACACUUCAAAACGAAUGUGUGAAGCCAGCCACUCAUACACUGGAAACACCACAUCAUGAUCAGUGCACUCUUGUGUGUGUGAGAUGACAUAGAGCAGAGCACACUGAAGUGCACAGCACAUACAGACUAUGUGUUUAUUAAGUAAUAAUCCCCCAUGACAUGACUACGUUCACCUUUAUGGGCUACGUGUACGCUUGACAGAUUUAGUUGGAUUUUUCAACUUUACGGAAGAAAAGUUUGGAGCAAUGUGUUACACUAGGGAUGCACCGAUAGUAUCGGCUCUGAUACUGAAGCUUAAUUUACAACUAAAUUGAACAAAAAAAGAGAUCUUAUCCAGUAUACUAGUUCAUAAUAAAGUGUUUCUUAAUAAGCUAUAAUUUAUAUUGAAAUAAUUUGAAGAGGUUUGUGUUUCUUUACAUAUUAAAGAGAACUCCCAAUUAGUUCCACACAAAUGUAAAGAUAUUCUAAACUGAUUAUACAAAAAGAAAAACACACUGGUAUCGGAUCGGGCGAUACUGAGAUUUCUGAUAUCGGAAGAGAAAAAGUAGUAUUGGUGCAUCCCUAUUUUACACGGCCAAUUAUACUUUAUGUACUUUUUAAUUAUGAACCGAUCCAAAAUCAUGCUUUAUUAUUUGGUAUGUGCAUGGAGCCUGAAUUCCAAUUCCAAAUUGCUUAUUAUUCUGCACGUGUUUAGAGGUCUUCAAUCUGAACUGAGUCAGAUGGUAUCCGGCAAACCUUUAGGUUUUGGGCCAGGUUCGGGUUAGUUUUUCCAAGUAGGCUAUAGGGCGAGUUAUGGGCUGUUUACAUGUCCCUCUGCGCUGUUUUUCAUUUUAGACACUGUUAAGUUUAAUAGAACUUUAUUAAACACAUCUGGAGACAUCUGCAUUCUGUUUCACCAUUUGUUGUGCUGCAUCAAGCUUUUUCAAUGCUGGUGUGACAAAUCGACAUUCUGAUGAAGUUCAGGUUGCAAAGAGGACUUAAUGUGACAGUCAUACAUGAUUCCAAAUUGUUUUUCACUUGGCUAAGUUUCAGCACUUGAUAAAAGGUGAGCCAAUGUUUUUUUCCACCUUUUGCAGACAAUAAUUACACAAGUUAUAUGCGGAAUCAUUUAAAAAUCAAAGCAUCCUGAAGAGGUUUAUAAACCAUAGCAUUCGCUGCCUCAUGGAAAGUGAACCUGCCCGGGCAGAAUUACACAUUUUCCAUUGAUUAAGAUAAAAAUAAUUAUUUUACCUUUAGGGGUACAACAGCUCGUCACUGGGGCAGUACCCUCAAAGGUACACCAGCUGUACCUUCUUUACACCUUAAGGUACUAAUAUGUACUCUUUAGGGACAGAUAAGAUACUUUGGGUACUAAUAUGUACCCUUUCAUGACAGUUAAGGUACAAAUACGUUCCAAUUAACAUAUAAAGGGUACAGUGGAUGUACAUUUUAGGGUACUGUCCCAGUGACCAGCUGUUGUACCCCUAAAGGUAACAUUUUGCAAUUUUAUUUCUGACAGUGUAGGCCUAAUUUGUUGAAUGCAGUGACAUGUUUAUUUUUGUUCAACUUUAAUGUGAUUUUAUCAUUUGAUGAUCGAUGAAUUGUGCUAUUUAGGCUCAUAGCUCACUUUAUUCCCUGCUAAUCGGAGUUUGUGUUUGGCAAUAAAACAUUCCUUUAUUCCCGAGUACCGACUCCCGACAAAUAACAGAAUAACCAUUCAUGAACUCUCUCGGUUAACCAAACAGCCUUUUUCAAAAGGUUACCAUGCACAUAUUUAGGGAAUUAAGGCAUCUUUUUCUUUAUCGUUAAACAUUAAAUGCAUGCAGGAAUUCCGUUGCUUAUAUAAAUUUAAACCAUCAGCUUUGUACACAGCCAGGGUAAACUGCACCUUAUCUUUGUGUUUGGAAGUGUUUUGUAAGUCAGACACUGUUCUCUGCAGUACUUCAAUUAAUCGUGCUUCACCUGUGAGACACAGAUUAUUUGAGUGCAUGCUCGAGUGUCUGUGCUCGCACUACUGCAGAGUGAAAUCAGGGGUAAUGGGCCAAAAAAAAAAAACUUCUAUACUCAAACCAUUUAUGACUUUACACAGAUAAAGGAAAGCCAUUUACCGUGUUUACAUGACCUUUUACAUAGUCAGCUUUUUAGAAUAAUUGUUAUAAGAUUGUGCAUGUAAAUGCUCAUCAGUGGGACAUUUAACGUGGUACUAUGUUAGAAAUAAUGAUCAAUAAUCCUUUAGGAAUAUUUUACUCAAUGCUGAUUCAUUUCCAAAGUAGUAUUACAACUUGAAAGAUGUGUGAAAUGUUAACAAAAUUAUGAAAUGUUAAUAUUUAGAUUUGCUAAUACUUGUUUUAUCUUUGGCUGCAUCUCUCUUUCGAUGCUCUCAAUUUGAAAAUUAUGUCUGUGAAACUACAAUGUCAAAGCAACAUACUA